UUAAUAACAAACCGGGUUUCGCCCAUCCACUGAUAACUUCUAUAAGUAUGUCGACACCGCUGCAGUCCAUUUAUAUACCGAGUUGUUACCAAGAAGAGCAGUAAAUUUAAAGCAGUAAUAAAUCAACAAUCGCACCAAGAAUUAUUCGAGAGUACUCAAUACAUUUAAUAAUCCGAUUUAGAGUGUUAAUAAUCAUCGUUUGAUAUCAGAUUAUCGAGUAGUAAACAAUGGCAGAAAGCAACUCGAUCACCACCAGAUCGCUGGGUACCGCUUCUGAGGGUAUCAAAGACCAAUACGCCGAUGGCAAGGCGGCCAAAGUUUGGCAAAUUUUCAUAGGAGACAAGAAAUCCCGGACCCAAAAUUACAAGAACUUCUUGGUUGGAUUGCUGAAACAGCGAGGCUGCAAGAGGAUCCUCGAUGUCGCCUGCGGAACCGGGAUAGAUUCUAUAAUGCUGCUGGAGGAAGGCUUCGAGGUGGUUUCCGUGGACGCUUCCGAUAAAAUGUUGAAAUACGCCUUAAAGGAGCGUUGGAAUCGCCGGAAAGAAGCAGCAUUCGAUAAAUGGAUUAUAGAAGAGGCUAAUUGGGUUAAUUUAUAUGAUGACAUUGAGGAUGUAGUGGGUAAUGGUUUCGACGCGGUUAUUUGCCUGGGAAACUCCUUCGCUCAUUUGCUGGAUAACUUCGGGGAUCAACGGGAACAAGUAAAAGCCUUAAUGAAUUUCGAAAAGUGCGUGAAACCUGGAGGUUUAUUGCUAAUUGAUCACAGAAACUACGAUGAUAUCAUGGACACUGGAAGGACCGCUUCAAAAUGCAUUUAUUAUAAUAGUCAACACACCACGGAUAUAAAGACAUCAGUAUUGUAUGUAGGAGGGCGACCAGUUUUGGUUACUCUUGAUUAUUUAAUCGACAUUUCAUCUGCUGAUGAUGAGAAAAGAGACUAUAUUAACGAAGAUUCGAUCAGCGAAUUUCGUCUAUCAUACUACCCGCACAGGUUAAAAGUGUUCAAGGAAAUGCUGAGGAAAUCGUUCGGAGAGAACGCAGAAUUCAAAUUGUACGGCGAUUUCAAGCCUUUGAACGAGAUAGACGUGCCCGAUUUCUACAUACACGUAGUCGAAAAGAGUCGCACCGUGUUCUAAUUUAUUUUUUCCAAUCGUAUUUCGUUAUUUAAUAAACAUAGUUUUAUAUAUAGUUGGAUAUUUAUUGAAAGAACAACUUAUAUUAUCACUUCAAUAACAACAAUAAUGACAACCGUCAG